UAUGAUAAAGUAGAUUUCUACGAUUUAAGAUAUCAUAACCUUAACGACAAAUCUAGCCCGAUCAAAGAUCGUCUGCACUCUAUUCAUAUAUAGUAGUGAGUGGAUCAAAUUGCGUAUAAUUAUUAAUAUUUUUUAUUGUAUAUCAAAAAUCUAAUAAGCAAAAUGAUUCGAAUGGGAUUCAGAGCAAUCUAUAAAACAGCAAGCACGAGAACGUUUGCUAGUGCUCCAGCUCAAGAAAAAUCUGUUAUUUCCACAAGCUUCAAAGUUCAGGACAGUAAUGAUUUUGUGGAAAGAGUAAAGAACUCCAAAGUUCCAGUCAUUGUUGACUUUUUUGCUACAUGGUGCAAUCCAUGCAGAUUGUUAACACCCCGAAUUGAACAAGUUGUUGCUGAAAAACAAGGCAAAAUAAUUUUGGCUAAGGUAGACAUUGAUGAAAAUUCAGAUUUAGCGUUAGAUUAUGAUGUCGGUUCUGUUCCAGUACUCAUGGUUAUGAAAGAUGGAAAAAUUUUAGACAAAAUGGUUGGAUUACAAGAUACUGACAAACUUAAAAAGUUUGUUGACAAAUAUGUUAGUUCCUAAUUUUUAUAGGCAUAUUGUUUAACUAAGUAACAAAAUCAUUGAUAGAAUAUCAGCUUUAAACUGUAAAAAAGUAUUGUAUUACUUGUAAUAAGAAUGAUAAUAUUUGAAAAAAAAAUCACUUUCUUUACUUUUAUAAAAUAAAUUCAAUCAUAUAUGAUAACCUUGAAUAAACUGUA